AUGGAAGUUUGGCAGCAACCAACGCCAGAGCAAGUGUUCUGCUCGUCAACAGCGUUGCCUAGACUAUCACAUAUGGACAAGCACCCCGUCGGAGGAGGCACCCACAGCCUGGGGACGUUGUGGCCAGUCGAGUUUGCCCUGAGCGUCGUAACAGUCUUCGGCAACGUACUGAAGUAUUUGGAGCUCACCGUCCUCAAUGGAAAAGUUGGUGAUUAUGAUAUUACUUGUCAACAACUGUGCUUUUGGGGGCUGGGAGGAUUGGUUGCAAGUGAUGUUGAAUUGGGGUUGGAGGUAGCAGCCAGGGCCUAUGCCAAAGGGAUAUGGGAUUGA